GCUGCGUAGUGGGUGGUGAUUAAGUAACCCACAGUGCGCCAUGUGGCCCCCAUGGUUCUCCUCCACGUUCUUGCUCGUUCUUCUUUCGAACAAAUUUCCCCUUUUUUGUUUCCCCUUUCUCUGUUUUUCUCCUUCCCAUAUUUUGAUUUUUCUCUUCUAAGUUCUUCCCCCAUGGUUUUGAUUCUUUCAAUUCCUCUUUAUUUCUAUUAAUUUCCCACUUCCUCAACGAUCUAGGGUUUCCAAUUCCCUUUAAUUUCCCCUCUCUUUCGCUCUGUCCUUUCAAUCCCCCUCUUCUAAACCUUCUACUCUUGGUGGGAGGUGGGGGGCUUUGAAAUUCAAGAUUUAGUGCUGCUGAUAGGAAGGAUUGUUGUUGUCUUGAUCGGACUUGCAUUUUGAGCAUUCGGGCUGUUUGAGAUCUCACUGGAUUUCUCUCAUGGAUUUUGAAAGCGAAUCUUCGGCUCUUGAAUCUGGGGAAGACAAUGAAGUGAACCACGAAACUAUUCCUUUUGAUGAUAUCAACCGAACCAGAACCAAUGGGAGUUGUGCUAAUGAUGCUGACCCGAUGGUAUCCAUUUCACCGGCUUCGAAGGGAAAUGAUUCAAGUGGAAAAGCUAUGAAUUCACAAUCUCCUCCUCCCAACACUUCUUCUCCUGUAGCAAAAGGUUAUGGAUUGAAGAAAUGGAAGCGUAUCCCUAGAGAUUUUGUGAAGGAUAUGAAUUCUAGCGACGAUAAUAGUAAAAUUUUGAAGCGGGCACUGUCCACUUCUGGGAAUCCGCUUAAACCUCAACAUUCUCCGACCGGGAAUAAGCAAAAUAACGAAGGUUUAACCCCGUUGAGGAAUAUCGGAAAUGUUGAUAGCCAAUUCCAUGGUUCGAGUUCCAAUUCGAGGUUUGCUGCGGGGUCUGCCUUUAACCAUGGAACAGAUUCGGAAAACAGCGAAGAUCGGAGUAGCAAAUCUUCCACUGCAGCGAGUGCUCCGAAGGCAAGGUAUGAUCUGAAUACCGUCUUAGGACAUGUGCGUGAAAAGAACAGGAUAAAGAACGUGAGUGGGAAAAAUCCAGGUGGUUCUGGUCAAAAGGGUCAUCAGGGAAAGGGACGUGCUGAAGGAAGUAAAAAGGCGAGAGGAGAAAGAAUCAAAGUUGAGAAGGAGAAUUCUCAGUCUAGCAUUGAAUCUGACUCGAGGAGCUCGUGCUUUGUCUUUAGGCAGGGCAUGAUUGCUACUGCUAGCAAUGGAAACCAAAAUGAAAGGUCUGUUACCGACGAUGGAGACAACAGCGAUGGAGCUUAUGCAGGUGAUCAACAGUUUAGUGAAGAAGUUGAAACUGCAUAUAGGAAAGACGACGAGGUCGAAGCUGAAGAUAAUUUAGCUGCUGACUUGUCUUGGGAAGUUAAGGAUGAAAAGGAUAGGAAUCAUUGGUCACCUUUGAAUAAGGAUCCCAUGGAAGAGUCUAUUCUCAGCCUCCAGUCAGCUCAACACGCUCUUGAAAAAGAAAUCAAGAAGCUAGGGGAGAUAGGAAGGGACGAGAUACCAUCUUCCAGCAUAAUCGACAAUACCGAACCUUCAAGUUUUGGGUAUGACAACCUAGAAGCACAUAAAUCAAGUUGUUCUUUCCAAAUGGGCUCUGGGAAGGCUGUUUCGAGUUCCUUCGAAGCCACAGUUCUUGGCUUGACAGGAAAGGUUAAAUUUCUGGAGAACAAGUUAGAAGAGACGAUGGCCAUACUCAAAUCGAAGGAAUCCCGAGUCGCUGAACUGGAAUCCUCCAUUAGCACCAGAAAAUCACCCAAGGAGGAAGCAGUAAGGGAUGAAAAAGUCAAGGAAAUAGAGAAGGAAUUUGAGAGGUUUUUUAAGCAAAGACUUGAAGCAGAAAUUGAAUAUUUGGCAAUAGUAAGAGCCAUUGAGAAUUUACAAUGUGAAACAUUAGUUGAUGCUAAAAAAAAACUGGCUGAUGAGAAAGCAGAGACGAUGAACAUAUUUAGAGAAGCCGAAAGUAAAGCUACGACGCUUAAGAAACGAGCAGAGGGUUUGGAGAAAUGCUGUGGUGAUAUCUUGGAUACAAAGGAGGUCUCAACGACUCGAGGGGACGUAUUCAAGGUUAGUUCGUGUGCGUUUCUGCAGUUGAUACUCUUGAGCUUGGUUCUUUGGGUUUUUGUCUUGCAAAUGUCUUCACCUGCUGGAGUAGUUGUACCAACAUAAUUAAGGCUAGAAAAGGACAUACAUAUUUUGUGAAUUGAUGAACAGUGUUUAAACUAAACCGGCUUCGUUCCCCUUUUAUCAUUUUGCAUAGAAAAAAAAGCAAAAAAAAGGAGGAAAAGGGGAAGGGACAAGUAGGAAUCUCAGUUGUAAGUUGUUUAAUGGUUUUUUUUUUCUUUUUUGUUUCUUCUUGUAACUGUUGUUGUAGUCGUGAUUUUUGAUAGACAACUAAUAGAGCUUCUAAAAAGGUUGCAACUGCUGGUUGAAUUGUUA